AUGGACAAUAAGGAGUUCUGGUCUUCCUCCUACCUGCAAUUGGAGUCCUGUGAGCCACGUCGGGAGAUGGGUGAAUGGUGUGAAUGGGGUGAAUGGGGGGCGUGUGAAUUCGCCACUUGUACGCGAACUCGAAGACGCGUUUGCGAUUGCCCUUCUCCUGCUGAUUGGAAGACUGGUGCUUGUGCUGCUGUCCUUCCACAAGAUGACAUUCGAAUCGGUCGAUGCAUAAUACCUUUCUUCUUCAAAGGAAGGUACUAUGGCGAUUGUGAGAAAAUCGGUUCGGCUACAACGCCUCAGUGUUUGGCUAAUCUCAGUAACAGACGUGUAACCGCAAAGUGUAAGCCUGAAAUCAAGUCAAUGGAGGAGCGAGACGUUGGUCCUUGUGAUGACUGGCGCUUAGCCCAAGGGUGGUCGCAGACAGGAAUACCGUCACGUACUAGGACGAUAAUUGAUGCGCGUUCAGAUGUGGGCAAACAGUGCUACAACCCGAAAUUAUUCUACGUUCAGACAAGCACUCUUGAACCCUGUCCCGAGAAGUACUACUUUUCGGCAUCAGGUCAACGCAAUGUCUACUCCAAUCUGAACAACUUGGCAUUCAGCCCGGAGAACUGCAAAUUCGCCUGUGCCAUCGAUCCCAAAUGCAUAGCAGUGGAGUUCUCAGAGGGUUUCUUCUGCAAUCUACUCACCACCUUUGCAAACGAUAAGUUGACACGUCAAGUGGGCACCACAACGUUCACCAAGCCAAGGACUUGUGUCAAAAAGCAGCGCAAUGUCGACCCCAUCAACUACCCCUAUGCACUGGCACUGGAGGACCUCUACGCCGGUGUGGUCUAG